CUCUGCUAUGAUCCAGGAGGAGACUCGCAUUCGGCUGCAGGCGGGGACAUGUGGACUUCCGGUGGUGAAGUCAGCACUGGCAGCCUCCAGUAGAAGUGGAAUAUCAACAAACAUGGGACAUUCGGCUGCAGGCGGGGACAUGUGGACUUCCGGUGGUGAAGUCAGCACUGGCCUUUCUACAGGUGAACUACUUACCUAUAGUAGGAAGGGGAAACAAAUUGCGGAAACAGUACCUACAGUGCCACUGGUGCCAAGUCCCUUGCCAACGCCUGCCCCGACUCCUGAGACACCUACACCACCACCAGAUUCCUCUCAAGGUGAUUCCAUUCCUCUUCCUACUCAUCCCACACCAAUAACCGUACAGAGGACUACUCGCAGUAAUGCGGGAAAUCCUCCCGAUAGAUAUGGUUGGGAUCUUGCUCAGUUUGUAUCAUAUUCUAACAUCCACCCUGCACAUGGAGCAUUCAUUGCAUCUCUGGACUCUGUUACUAUACCUAACAAUUGGCAGGUUGCAAAGAAGGACCAGAAAUGGAAAGCUGCUAUGCACGAAGAGCUAAGGGCCCUUGAGAAAAACCGCACUUGGGAGUUAGUAAAACUACCAAAAGGGAAGAGAGCAGUUGGAUGCAAGUGGGUCUUUACUGUGAAGCAGAAUCCAGAUGGACAGGUUGAACGCUACAAAGCACGUUUGGUGGCAAAAGAAUAUAGUCAGACAUAUGGCAUCGACUACGAUAAGACUUUUGCACCGGUGGCAAAGAUGAGCACUGUUCGGACCUUAAUCUCUCUGGCAGUAAAUGGUGGAUGGAAGCUACAUCAACUAGAUGUGAAGAACGCAUUCCUUCAUGUAGAUCUAGUGGAGGAAGUAUACAUAGAGAUACCACCAGGAUUCGGUACAGAUCAAACAGUGGGAAAGGUCUGCAGAUUGAAGAAGUCUCUUUAUGAGCUAAAGCAGUCUCCUUGUGUUUGGUUUGACAGAUUCAGGAGGGCUAUGAUUGGUAUGGGGUACUAGCAGAUCAGCGCCGACCAUACCGUGUUCUCUCGAAGAAGUGGAGGUCACAUUACCUUGCUUGCAGUAUAUGUGGAUGAUAUGAUUAUUACAGGGGAUGAUGAGAAGAAGAUUGCCCAACUCAAAGUGAGACUAGGUA